GAGUUGCAGCAGACUUGCUGUUCCGUCUCCGGUCGCGCAUGCGCAUCGUGCGUGCGGCAAAAGACCACGGAAGUGAACCGCGCUGUCAAGGUCAGAGCUGUCAAACUUCGCGCUGCCGUAUUUACGUUCCGUGUUUACACAUUUAUCAUGAGUACCUACUACAAACAUCUUUGUGCAGUAGACAAGCUUCGUUACGAAGAAAAACUUAAUUUACUUGGAUUUUCGCUAGAUUGGGAACCAUAUAUCAUUAAUAAGUACUGGAUUGACGACGUUUCACAGUGGCCAAACUUGCAGUAUGGCGACCUGUACACGUAUCUAAUAGAUUCGCCUGGUCCUUUUACCAGAAAGAGUUUGCGAUGUUUUCGUUCACUAGAGGCCUAUACUUUGUUUGAAAGUGGAUGGGUUCAUACGUGUCUCAUCAGGUACAACUCUUCACAGACCAAGUGCAUAAUUAAGGCCAAGGUUCACAGAUCCCAAGCUGUGACAGAGAAGCCCCAUGAAGCCUGGGUUGGUCUGGAUAAGAGUGGCAGGGUGGAGUGUGCACACUAUACAUGCAUGGCAGGAUUGGGUGAAGUCUGUUCACAUGUUGCUGGUAUCCUAUUUAAAGUGGAGGCCUGUGUACGAUUUGAGUACAACAAAGUUUCCUGUACGUCCAUGCCCUGUUCCUGGAAUCAGACAUUCACAAAGAAGGUUGAACCAGCUAUGGUUGCAGACAUAAACUUCUCCAAAGUCAAGAAGGUGCACUUGGCACCACCUCUGGCCCAGAGACAACCAGUUAAAUUUGCAGAUAGUUCUAGUCUUUUAGUAAAGUUGAGAAAAAGUGUACCCUCCGCAGCCAUAUUUACUAUUACUAACCCUGUUAUUACCGACUGGUCCCAAGAAGAACAUGCCCAACUUCCUUCUCCACUAUCACUUUUAUUUGAUGAGAAAUAUAAACAUUUGACUGAGGCAGAGUUGAAAUGUAAAUGUGAGAAUGUUUUUUCUGAUGAGUUAAAAAUAACACAGCAGGAAGCUACAGUGUUGGAGAAAGAAACCAUCUGUCAGAGUGGAUCAGCUACCUGGUUUGAGUACAGAAUAGGACGUUUAACUGCCUCUAAUUUUGGGAGUAUUUAUCAUUGUCAGUGUAAACCCAGUCAGGUUUCAUUAUUGAAAAAGACAAUGCAAUAUGACCAAACUACUGACUCUGACAGUAAUAAACAUGACCAAGCUAGAGUGUAUGCUCCCUGUGGGUGGGGUUUGGACCACGAAAAUGACGCUCUUGAUCAAUAUAAAACUAUUAUGAUGUCUGGUCAUACCAACCUUGUCUUACAGAAAUCCGGUUUUGUCAUCAACCCAGAUUUCCCCCACUUAGGUGCUACACCUGACUCAUAUGUGACAUGUGACUGUUGUGGUAAGGGUCUUGUGGAGGUUAAGUGUCUCUUUAAAUACAGAGACCAGCAUCCUUGUGAAAUUUGUGAUAAUCAGUUCUAUCUAAAACCUCAUGUAAAAUAUGAUCCUGUUUGUAUAAACUCGCUUCAAACCAGCCACAAUUAUUAUCAUCAGGUGCAAGGCCAGUUACAUGUCUGUGAUAUGAAUUAUUGUGACUUUGUUGUCUGGUCCAGAAAGGGUAUCCAUAUUGAACGUGUCAUAAAAGACACUACAUUUUGGAACUCACUGAAAGUGAAAUUAGAUUUCUACUUUUUGAGAAUUGUUUUACCUGAACUACUGACUAGAGCACAUGACCAUAAGAUGAACCAUGCUCACCCAGUAUCCAGAGAAAGGCGUCGCUGCAUAAUGUAUGAAUAAUACAAUGCAAUGUAUGUACAUCAAUGCUUGUGGUAAGAGGCGACAAACGGGAUCGGGUGGUCAGGCUCGCUGAUUUGUUUGAACUGUGUCAUCAUAUCCCAAUUGUGUGGAUCGAUGCUCAUGAUGUCAAUCACUGGAUUGUCUGGUCCAGACUCAAUUAUUUACAGACAGCUGUCAUAUAGCUAAAAUAUUACUGAUUGCAGAGUUAAACAACAAACAAACAAAUGUACAUAAAUGCAUUUUUAAUGUUACUGUCCAUUUAUAGUACCCUACAAAGCCAAAGUACACUAAAUUAAAUCUCAAAGUUCAUCAAUUAAUUUUUUUCCCAUUUGUCUACAUCAUGUUCAGUUGUUCAUGAACUUAUUGUUACACAUCACACAUCAAUAAUUAUGUUUGGAAGCACUUAAGUUGUAGCACUUGUGUGGAAAGAGUGAUAUGCAGCAAAUAUAAACACCUAAUUUCUUAGUUUGUUUAUAUGUGAUAAAUAAUUAUAAUAAUAAUAUGCUAUUUAUAUUGCACAUGUUUCCACCCCACUCAGGGGCAUGCUCAAAGCGCUAUUACCCUGGUCACUGGGUCAAUGUGCACUCAAGAAUCAUUCUCAGCUCCCUGGGGAUUACUGUAAACAGCUUUAUUUCUUCGCCGUUAAAAUAUUCCGAAUACCACACCAAAGACAAUACUGCGACGAGAUAUUUUUGCGAGUUGAUGUGUUGAUAAUUGAUUACUGUGAGGUAACAGUGACACUAAUUGGUCUGUUAACACUGUCAUUUGUGAUGUAUUGUGUGACCAUUCUGCAUUCAUUUGUGUUUUUAACUUAUUGAGUAACUUGUGGUUCUGGUUGAAGAUUUCAACGUUUGAUGACGUGUUGCAAUGAAUAAAGUAUGUAUGUAUUAUUUAUA